AUGCCAUGCCGUGUGCCCCUCAUCGUCAUCAUCGUCGCCGGGACACUUCCAGUGUCCCUGUAUCUGUAUCCGUACCUAUGCUGUCUGAGCAAGGCUACCUCGGGCAAAGCUACGCGAGACGAGCUUACUCCACCAGCGGCGGAACAGCUGCCUUUGAACACAGAGGUGAGGGGACUCGCGCUUGCAGGUCCCUAUACCAAGGAGAGGAAGUGGGAGAAUGGUGUCUACUAUAGAAGCAACUAA